AUGACCGUCACCACAGUUGCGCUCUCUACCGUUGAAAGUAUUCCAACCAAGAGCAAUAAGUCCAUAGGAAACACGCAUUUGACCGUGUGGGAACAUGGCCAUCUGAGAUAUAAGGAAUAUACGAGCGAGUUGUUGCCGAAGUUGUCGUUAUGCCUAUCGUCGGGCACCACGAUGUCAUCAGGUCAUCUAUCAACCGGUGAACGACUCGGCGACGAUGUCAUGGAUGGGACCAAAACCUUGCGCCGCUCCUCAUACCCAGCUUCAUCUGUUCUCCGCCAAUUCAUCCCAUUUCAGCUGUCCCUGAUCAAUUUGAUUCCAUCUGCUUCGGCAUUUUUCAUCACGUCUGUGUAUCUCCAGCUACCGGCCAAAGUGUCAAUCAUUUUCGAGGGUGCAAGCCUUUUGGCAGCACACCGGCGUGACACUGUCUGUUCAAGCCCAAGCAUAGCAGCGUACUUCGCCAGCUACAUGCUUCUGGCAAACACCCCCGAAGCCUUACCUUUCCACAAUUUCUUUCUCAUUCGCAACACUGCUUCUCUGUCGGGGACGAGAUACCCCGACGCGACACCACCCAUGCCUUUGCACCACUCCAACGUGGAUGCGCUGGAGACUUCUGGUUUCCGGGCCGAGUCACAAAGGCCCCGAGACAUCACCGAGGAAUAUGAUGAGCUCAGUGAUAGUCCCACCCUAGGUUUGUCGCUCAUUACCACCGAGAGCGACGAACCUGAUGCAGUUAAUAUAGGUCCCGAUGAGAGCACAGGCUUUGUGGGCAACAUUCGGCGGUACUUCCAAUUGCGCCAUCACAGAAAUCAUGAAUUGACCAAUUGCGAUGAUGGCCUCAGCCUUGUUCGCCAGAAUGUCGGAUUCGCCGGUCGCCACGCUGGACUUGGGUUCGCUCAACGGAUUUGUGAAUUCGCCAGUCGCAUAAUCGAUCGAUACCGUCACUGA